AGUCGCCGAAUUUGGGUUUGUGUGAUGGUGAUAAACUAUUUUACAUUGAUAGAAUUUGAUUGUUAAAUAAACAUCAUUUCAAUAAAAACAUAUCUCAAAAUGAAUAAUACUACGAUCAACGUGGAUCAAUUGAACUCUGCGCUAAACUCUCUCAGAGUACUACGAUCCAGUGUCAGUCAUGUUUUUGAAACACUUUCCAAUGGAUUACGAGCUGACCACGGAGAAGAUGGAAAAGAUAAGUUCCUCUUAGAGCUUCAAGAACUGCUUAACAACGUGAACAUCAACUUGAGAGACUUGGAACAAACUGUAAAUGGUCUCCCCAUACCCACAGCUCCUUUUAACUUGGGUACAACGACGUACCUAAGCCAAGAAACAACACAGGAUCGGCAAGCGCUUUAUACACAACUUGUAAACAGUUACAAGUGGACUGACAAAAUCCACGAGUACAGUUCGUUCGCACACACGCUGCUAAGCCAAAACUCGCUCAAACGAUCGUAUAUAAACUCUGGAAGUACUAAACGACGCGGUAAACUGCAAAGCAAUCACAAUGUCGCUCCUCUACUAGUCGACAAUGUCAUCAACAACAUUGACAGAUCUUAUAGCGACAUGAAAAUAACUAUAUCUCGCCCAUUUGCAAGCAAUGCAGUUGUACAGAUCAACCUGGGUCAUGUACUGAAAGCCAUAGUCGCAUUUAAAGGGCUUUUGAUGGAGUGGGUCAUGGUGAAAGGUUAUGGUGAAUCAAUGGAUCUGUGGGCGGAGUCAAGGCACCAUGUGUUUAGGAAAGUCACUGAGAAUGCCCAUGCUGCUAUGUUACACUUCUAUUCUCCAACAUUACCAGAGCUGGCUGUCCGUUCUUUUAUGACAUGGCUGCACAGCUAUGUAAAUCUGUUCAGUGAGCCAUGCAAGCGAUGCGGAGCACAUCUCCACCACACAUCUCUGCUGCCUCCUGCAUGGCGUGACUUCCGUACCCUGGAGCCUUUCCAUGAUGAGUGUAAACAAUAGUCCACGUGGAAUUGAUUGGGAGAAGCCCCAAAUUAUUUUGGGGAUUUUCCCUUUCAAUGAAUGAAAGUACAUGGACAAUAAGACUGUUAGAAAUAUUUAAUAUCUGGUGAUAUGUGAUUUAGUGUAUAUUAUUAUGUUCUUCACAUGAGUUUACAUAUCCAUAUUUCUAUUUUCGUUUUAAAAAUGAGUAUUCUAAUUUAAGUUAUGCAAUGUUUGUAAAUAUACACCUUACCAGUUUCCAGUUCAUAAACAUUGUUUCAACUUUGUGUAGAGUAUCUCAAUAGUUAAUGUAACCAAUCAUACUUUCAAUGUAACAUACUGAACUUACAUACAUAAGAAUACUAUUAAUUAAUGAUUAUCAAAUUGGUAUAAUUGACAUCCACAUCAAACUAUCAUAAAUUAAGCAUAAUAUCAUACACAUCCGGUAAACUUUAAACAUAUUAUGAAAGUCUUGAAAUAGUAUAGUAUUAAGCCCCCCAUCUCAUCACAUUCAAACAUACAACAUAAUUUUCUAUGUUAGCAUGGGAUGAAGAAUUUCAUUAAUAAGUAUUUAAAUAGCUCAUGUUUUACAAUUUAUUGUAAUAGCUUAUAAAGAUUAGAAAGUAAAACAACUGUCUGUUAUAAUUAUAAAACAUUCAUUCAGUUUAUCCAUUUUGACUAAAGUUUUACGCAGUAUCAUAAGACAUA